AUGGACGUAGACUCCUUCUCUACUGGAUACACGCACACUAUAACCGCAUGGAUUCAUCCAAUCGGCAAGGGUAUCUUGUUCUUCGUUCCCCUCGCGCUGUUGUGGAUGCACCCAUGUGCUGAAGCCUCCGCCCGCCUGCGACAAAUGUUGAAUCAGCGUAACUGA